AUGCCAUUUGGGCUAUGUAAUGCUCCAACCACAUUUCAAAGGUGUAUGCAGGAAAUUUUUGCAGAUCUCAUAGAGAAGUGUAUUGAAGUCUUUAUGGAUGAUUUUUCAGUGUUUGGAGAUUCUUUCCCUAGGUGUUUGGCUAAUCUGGAUAUUGUCCUCAAGAGAUGUGUUCAAACGAAUCUUGUGCUUAACUGGGAGAAAUGUCAUUUCAUGGUAACAGAAGGAAUUGUGUUGGGUCACAAGAUUUCUGCUAAGGGGAUUGAAGUGGAUAAAGCCAAAGUAGAGGUCAUUGAGAAACUUCCUCCACCAACAAAUGUGAAGGGAAUCAGAAGAGUCGUGCUUGGUCAGAGAAAAGAGAAGGUGUUUCACACAAUCUAUUAUGCCAGCAAAGUUUUGAAUGAUGCUCAGUUGAAUUAUGCUACUACUGAAAAGGAGUUUCUGGCUAUAGUGUAUGCCUUGGAGAAAUUUAGACCUCAUCUCAUUGGGUCUAAGCUGAUUAUCUACACAGUUCAUGUAGCUAUAAAGUACUUGUUGACAAAGCCAAAUUCUAAGCCACGUUUGAUCAGGUGGGUGCUUCUAUUAAUAGAAUUUGAUGUGGAUAUUCGUGACAAGAAGUGGAGUGAGAAUUUGAUUGCUGAUCAUUUAUCACGGUUGGUUAACAGUGAGGUUACAAGCAAGGAAGCAGAAAUAUGGGAGUCUUUUUCAAAUGAAACACUCAUGAAUUGUGAUAAUUGUCAAAGAACUGGAACUAUUUCAAGACCUCAUGAGAUGACAUUACAAGGCAUUCUAGAGGUUGAAGUUUUUGAUUUUUGGGGUAUUGAUUUUGUAGGACCUGUUCCACCAUCUUUCAACAAUGAAUAUAUAUUGGUGGCGGUGGACUAUCUUGCAAAAGUACUCAAUCAUUAUGGUGUGAGACAUAAGGUAGUUGUGCCUUGUCACCCACAGACCAAUGGGCAAGCUGAGGUGUCUAAUAGAGAGAUCAAGAGGAUCUUGGAGAAAACAGUGAGGUUACAAGCAAGGAGUGAGAAUUUGAUUGUUGAUCAUUUAUCACGGUUGGCUAACAGUGAGAGAACUGGAACUAUUUCAAGACCUCAUGAGAUGACAUUACAAGGCAUUCUAGUGGUUGAAGUUUUUGAUUUUUGGGGUAUUGAUUUUGUAGGACCCGUUCCACCAUCUUUCAACAAUGAAUAUAUAUUGGUGGUAGUGGACGAUGUGAGUAAAUGGGUGGAAGCAAUGGUGUGUCCCAAGAAUGAUGCCAGCACUCUUGCAAAAGUACUCAAACAUUAUUGUGUGAGACAUAAGGUAGUUGUGCCUUAUCACCCACAGACCAAUGGGCAAGCUGAGGUGUCUAACAGAGAGAUCAAGAGGAUCUUGGAGAAAACAGUUGUUGCAUCAAGAAAGGACUGGUCACAGAAACUGGAUGAUGCUCUCUAG